UUUUACUACUUAUCAUAUCUCUUAUGCUAAAUUGCAAAAUAAAUUGUUUUAUUUUAUGAGAAGAGUCAAGUAAAAACAUACUCGUUGUCAUCGGUUCUGGUUGAUUUGUUAGCCUAAUUCUUUUUAUGAUUCAUAUUGGAUCAUAAAUUUCUUUUAUACCCAAUAUUUACUCCAUGUCUUUAUGCGGUUGCGAUUAGGCAUAUGCCGAAUUUAAUUCCUACAAACGGACGGUUGAGAUCAUUCAGCGCAAAUUGUUAUUUACAAUAAGGAGGGUAUAUAGUCAAAUCUAGUCAGAUUUGCAAAAGCCUAAAACGGUGAGUUGAACUGCGACACCAAAACCCAGAGCAGACGACUCUCCAAAAUCCCCAAAUUUUCAAAGUAGGGUUUUUUCUCUCCAAUUUCAAAAUCCCAAUUCGAAGCGCAACAAACAAUGGUGUGCGAAAAGUGUGAGAAGAAGCUUGCGAAGGUAAUAGUGCCGGACAAGUGGAAGGAGGGUGCCAGUAACACCACCGAAGGCGGCGGCCGGAAAAUCAACGAGAAUAAGCUCUUGUCCAAGAAUAAAAGGUGGAGUCCGUAUGGAACUACUGGAAAUACCAAGUGUAUUAUUUGUAAGCAGCAAGUACACCAAGAAGGAAAAUACUGCCACACCUGUGCUUACUCCAAAGGAGUUUGUGCGAUGUGUGGUAAACAAGUACUCGACACCAAGGUUUACAAACAAAGCAAUGUAUAAUACAAGCCAUAUGUUGGUUGACUCUGUGCACUGUGAUUCAUAGUUGAAUUGUCUAUUUGAUGUAUGGCACUGCCAUAUCUGUUAUGCAGAAUUGAAUGUAACCUUUAGUUAUGACAUAUACUCUGGAAUUUAAUCUUGAUAAUAUAUACUUCU